GUUAAAUCAUGUAAGGGUGCAUAUGUCAUUUCAGCGACUCCGGUCAACACUGGCGUCUGAGUGUGAGUGUUGAGAAUCGAAACAGAAACCUCCAUGAAUUUUCCUUCUGCUUUCUUCUCAAAUCUCUAUAACCUAAAAUCCUCUCCAAAUUCUCCAUUCUUAAGAACAACAACAUCUCCAAAUCCUCCACCGCUGCACGAUCAUAAUGGACGCCGUCUCCAUCGGCGACGCCACUUCUCCGCCCGGCUUCAAUGAUUUCGCCCUCAGCGGAAAAAUUAUGCUCAGCGCAAUCAUCAUCCUUCUGUUCGUCGUCAUUCUCAUCAUCUGCCUUCACCUCUACGCCCGCUGGUACGUUCUCCGAGCCCGCCGCCGCGGUCUCCAACCCGGCCGCCGUCGGAAUCGCCUUAUCUUCUAUUUCGAACCGGAAAAUCCCGCCGCCGCUCCCGUCCUCGCCCAACGCCGCGGCCUCGACGCCUCCGUUCUCAACUCUCUCCCUGUCUUCACUUUCACCUCCGAAUCGCAUCCCGAUCCAAUCGAUUGCGCCGUCUGUUUGUCCGAAUUCGAGGAGAACGAAAAGGGGCGUACUCUCCCCAAAUGCGCCCAUAGUUUCCAUAUCGAUUGUAUCGACAUGUGGUUUCACUCUCACGCCACCUGUCCACUCUGUCGCUCGCCGGUCGAGGCCGUCCCGGAGAUUCCUGUGGUGGUGGCGAUUUCCGCCGCUGAAUCUGAGAGCAUCGAACCGGGUUCGAGUUCCUCCGGGUUCUGCGCCGAGUGCGACCGCGCGGACCGGAUGGCUCUGUCUCAUCCUUCGUCCUCCGCCGGGUCGAGGUCGUUUAGGGCACGGCGGAAGCCGGCGGAAGUGUCGAUUGAGAUCCCGAGGCGGGGCGACGGCGAGUUCGCUGCGGCGUCGCCGUCGACGACUCCGUUGACUCCGUCUUUCAAAUCGCCGAUUAGUCGCGUGAUGUCUCUGUCGUUCAAGAGGAUCAUCGGCCGGGACAGGCGGGGCGGUGCGUCCCCGUCCGGCAAUGCUGGGGGCUGCAGCUCCGUCGCCGGCGCCGAAUCGGAUAUCGAACGGGGAAAGGAUUGCGCUGUGUGAAUGAACUCAGCCACAGGGAAGACGAGUCGGCUCCGCUCAGUCAAUGGUCAAGUCCAACGUGGAACUGACAACGCAUACGUGGAAAGUAUUGUCAUAAUUUAACGCAGACGUGGCAGUUGAAGUGUAUUCUUUAUUGAACAGAGUGUAGAUAUUUAUGUCUGAAUUUGUUGACCCAAUACUAUUCAUCUCCUCUCUUUUUCAUUAAUGAAAUAAUUAGUGAACAAAGUUUCGGAUUA